UGCGAUUGUUGGUGGUUCUGUUGCUGCGCUCUGGUCGUAAGUUAGCCUGAUACUUAUACCUUCGACCGAACGUCCCAGCCUUCGGGAGUGAUUUCUAGCAGGCGUAGGAAUGAGGUCAAUGACAACCAGCUCCGUGAUACAAGUAAAGAAUAAGAGGGUUCACCGGUACGCAUCGCUGCCUUAUGAUCGUCCUGUCGGCCUUGUAGUAUAUCUGUGGUUGCACAUCGUGGUUGGUGAGUUGCGAUGUACCAUAUGUUGUACCUUGACUUUCUCAGCCCCUCAAGCCUUGCGAAACGGUGAGGCAGAUUCUCAGCAUGUCCGAAGAGCUCGUAAGUUAGCUUGUUGAGAUCGAGGCUAAAUCUACGACAGCUCCUUGAGGUCGUCCC